AGAAGCUUUUAUUUUGAAGGCAGCAAAGGGAUACGUUGUGUUGAUUCGGAUUUACCUUGAGACCCUUCGUUUUAGUGUGUUAGGAGGCUGUGGUUUGUAGUCGCUGAACAGACAAUAAGAAGCUGUUUUACUGUCGGGAUUUCUCUUCUGUGUGUCGUUAUGUCUCCGUUCGAAUUUCUGACCUGAAUAACUGGAUUCGAAACCCUGAAAAUUGAAAAUGGACACGCACGUUGACCUUCAGUCAAGAGAUAACAGAACUUCAGCUGACUCGACAGAUCCUCCCCCAAGGAUGACAAGACAGCAGACACUCACCUUAAUAUCAAUGGCAUCUGUCAACUUCAGUGCAAUGAUUUGCUACUCAAUAUUAGGCCCAUUUUUCCCCAAUGAGGCAGUAAAGAAAGGAGCCAGUCAAGCUGUUGUUGGGCUCAUAUUUGGCUGCUAUGCUGUCUGCAAUUUAAUUGGUUCAUUGGUACUGGGAAAGUAUAUUGUCCAAAUUGGUGCAAAGUUUAUGCUGGUUACAGGACUUUUUGUGUCAUCAGGCUGCACCAUUUUGUUUGGAUUACUUGAUCGGGCUCCUGCAGGAACCGCUUUCAUUAGUCUGUGCUUUAUAGUGAGGUCCAUCGACGCGGUGGGCUUUGCUGGUGCUAUGACCUCCUCGUUUUCCAUGAUGGCAAAAAUAUUCCCAGACAAUGUUGCAACUGUUUUGGGUAUUUUGGAGCUUUUCACAGGACUUGGUCUCAUUCUGGGGCCACCGGUGGGAGGGUGGCUCUACCAGUCGUUUGGAUAUGAAGUCCCUUUUUUUGUUCUCGGAUGUUUCGUGUUGGUUAUGGUUCCUUUCAUCAUUUAUGUCUUGCCAAACAUUGAUGCAGCCCCUUCAAAAGAUUCAUUCUUUCGACUUCUUUGCCACGUGAAAAUAAUCCUGAUCUGCUAUGCGAUAUUCACUUUUAGUGCAGGUCUGGGUUUCCUGGAUGCCACGUUGUCCCUGUUUGCCAUUAAGAGGUUUAGUCUCUCACCUGGCUAUGUGGGAGUCAUCAUGCUUGGUCUGUCGUUACCGUACUGUUUGGCAUCACCACUAAUUGGUUAUUUUGCUGAUAAAUAUCCUGCCAACAGGAGCUGGUUCAUGGUGACGGGAGGUAUUGCUACAGCGGCUGGCUUCUGUCUGCUUGGUCCUGUUCCUUUCCUUCACAUGCCAAGCCAGCUGUGGUUGCUGAUCCUCAUGCUUGGUGUAAUUGGGUUUUCUCUGGGCAUGACUAUAAUCCCCACACUCCCUGAAAUUAUCACAUGUGCAUAUGAACAGGGAUUUGAAGAAGGACUAAGUACUCUUGGAAUGGUGUCUGGGCUGUUUGGGGCAGUUUGGUCCAUAGGGAUGUUUUAUGGCCCAACGGUAGGUGGCUUUAUCACACAACAUCUGAGUUUUGAAUGGGCAGCUGCAGUCCAAGGAGGGUUGGCAUUUCUGGCUGCCUUUCUCCUGGCUGUGUAUUAUCUCUGUCAGCGACCACAGCAGCAAAGCUUUCGAGAAGAUGGGAGUCGACAAACCGAUGAAAGCACUCCUCUCCUGACUGAAAGCCUUGAAAACGUGGAAGCUGCUCAGAGGCAUCACCUUUCAAGUUGCACAAAUAAUAAAUGUAUAUUAAUUUGAGUUUUUUAAAUUAUAUUUUUUAUUGCACAAAUUGCAAUGACUUAUUUGUUUCUUUUCAUGUUAAUAUUGUUUGAUGAAAUGUUUAAAUAUAUAGUUUGCAGUGGGCACUGCCCAAGAGCUGUAUUAUUGUCUUCAAGUUGGUAAAUUAGAAUUUUCUAUAGAUUGUUUUAUACUUUGCAGUUUCAACUGACAACUUCAGUGAAUGUAGUCAGCCAGUGGAACAUUCCAACUCCACAUCACAAACUACAUGUGCUUUUGACUUUGACGUUCUGCUGUAAUAACGAUCUUGGUUUUCUAUAUCUCAACUUUGAUUGUGUUAAACCGACACUCAUGAAGAGCUGCUGUCCACAUGCGUAGAAAUAUGAAGGAAAAUAACCAUGUUAUCUUUGAAGUGACAUUAUACAGGCCAAUGUGAAGUGUAUUUUAAUGUAAUUGGGAGCAUCGUGCAGAUUCUACUGUAGUUAGUGAUGUAUUUUGUGCCUUCCUUUCUGACUAAACAACUUUAAGAUGAGAUAUCUUUAACUUUUGCACUGAUUUGAAUUAAAAAAAUGGAAAAAUGUU